AUGAAUUGGUCUUUUCUACUACAGCUGGUAAUAACAAUAUUGUUAAUUGUGCUGGGCGCCAACUGGUUGCUAAGCUCUUUUCUACUUGAUUUUAAGAGAGAUUUAACAGGGGUGGCUUUGUCACAGCAAUCUAGCAUAUCCAGUGUUCGUAAAGAAAAUGAAACAGCAUAUUAUCGAAGCAUUUUAGUGCCCACAGGAUUCCCAUUGACGACAGGAUUAGGGCUAUCUUUAAAAUACAAAAUAAGAAAUGGCAAUUUCGGUGAUGUUUGGAAUGCCAUAAUGGAAGUUUCCAAGGGAAAAAACAUAAUUAAAUUUACAGGAAGAGAAAAAAGUUAUUCGUUGAGUGAACUUAAUGGUAUGGCCAAGCGCAUAUUUCCGAAACUUUCCAAUAAGAAUUUCAAAAAUAUCGGUAUAGCUAAUUCUAUUGCUACCGUAGAGGGUUUUACUCUCUCCUUGGCUUCCAUGAUGACCUCUAUAAGAACAGGUUCAAUACCUCAUUUCUUGCCAGCUGUUCCUAGACAACGACUAGAAGAUGUUGAUGUCCUGAUCAUCGACUCAUGGAAGUCUUUUAAGAUGCUAAACGGCAGCGAGGAUUGGUACAAGCUUAUUGUUGUUUGCGAUGAUCCUAUCGAAUCACUACAAUUUGAUGCGAACUGUGAUGUUAUCACUUGGAAAGAACUUAUCGACGGUUUUACCAAGGAUACAGAGUACCAAUACACCCCGCCAGAUGACAACUCUGAUGAUAAGAAACUUUUUGCAUACGUAACUUCACCAUGGAAUGGAACUAAUAGUUUUAAUCAAAUCUGUCUGGUGAGUAAUAUAGCGGAAUUCAUCAAAGGGUUCCCCUUGGGAAAUGAAUUGAAUAGUAAUGAAUACCUAACCAUUUCGACAAAAUUGGCAAAUUCUAGUGCAAGCCUACAAAUUUGGGGAAAGCUUUUUGCAGUUUUGCUGCAUGGUGGGUCUGCAUCUUUCAUCAAUCCUACAACGAUAGAUUGCGAGUCGUUGCAAGAAACUACGUUACUGUUUACCGAAACAAAGGAUGUUGUCAAAUUAAUUGAUUCUAAUUCUAGAAGUGGGCUGCUGAAUAAAAUCUACUUAUCCUGGGCCACGAACUUACUGAGCGAGGGUAUUUUUACGAAAAUUGCCAGAAUCGAGCCACAUUCUCUUGAAAAAUUAAGAUGUGUUUAUUUGGCAGAUAAUGUGAAAGAUGCUGAGGUUAUUUCGACAUUUCCUGAAAAAAUUCCUCAGCUAAAAAAGACUAACCGAAGAAUCACCCCAAGCACUGAACAAUUGAAUAAAAUAAGAGCUCAAUUAGGAUCCCGUGUAGUCCUCGAGUUAUAUUGUCCCUACGCUAUCAUGGGACCUGUGGCACAUACCAAUUUUUAUGACUAUAGGGUUUUUGGAAAAUCUGUGGACGAUAACGUUGUAUGUUAUGGAACACUAAGUACAACAUUAGAAGGAAAAAUGGUAGAAACGGAAACAAACCCUCAUUUGAACAUAGAGAAGAAGCAGGGUAUGUUAUGUAUUCGUGGUUUUAGCAUAGGUAAACCAGUAGAGUCCGAUCGUUUAGAGAAAGCUUUGCAUUUAGCUGAAAGGUUUGGAGGAGGUGAAGGAUGGAUGCCUCUAGUUGGCGUUUUUGGACUAUUUGGCCAAGACGGUUGCUUAUACAUCUAUAAUCAAUGA